GAACAAUCCAUUAUCGUUGAUAAACACUGCAUGUUGUCUUCAAGUUCCGGGGACUUUCGAUAAGAAUGAGGACAAAAUAACGGAGAGGAAGGAGGACCAUAUUAUAUAGAAUUUUGAUAAUCUUGGGUAGCUGCCGUUGUCGCCAUUACGAUGUCUUCCAUGGAGCUGUACCAAGUUGGAGGUACAGAAAAGAUUCGUAACUUGGAGGAUGAGCUCGCGAGGGAACUGACGGAUCUACAGAAUGAUAUUGAGGAGAAUGAGAUGGUUGGUGGUCUACAUAAAGUAGCCAGCUCUGGAUCGUUACCCAAAAACAUUGAUCACUUUCGCAAGCAAAGGGAACUUGUUAUCAAGAGAGCUCUAGAGGUAUGUGAACCUCUACCCCUGGUCAUCCAGGCUGAUGUUAUGAAAGAAGAGAUGGAGAUAAGUCUUCAAAGGGAAUACACUGAUGAAAGCCUUCCCCUCAUUCUGCAUCAGCAUUUCACUGAUCGUAUACAGCAGUUGGUUCAGUGUAAACACAUGCAUAUGUUGAGAUGGAAAAGGUUCUGUGAACACACCAGUGCUUUGGAAGCCCUUUACUCGCCCUACCAGAAAAGACUUGCAGAGAUAAUGGCGGAGUACUCUGACACUGUAGCGAGGGCUCGUCGUCUGUCUGUAGCCCAUGAGGCGUACUUGAUGGGCAAGGCACCAGCACACAACCUGAUAACUGAAGAUGACCUCAUGACCUACACUCGCUGGCUCACCUGUCAUUUUCACUCAGUCAAGAAGAUACACGCUUAUCUCAAGGUCUUAGAGUGGAUUCCAGUUUCUCACAAGCACCAGUCCUUACCAGACCCCAAACAGCAGCAAACCCAAGACGCUCAGGAAGAUGCAGAUGACACGAUGAUGACAAUGACAGCACGGUCACAGCUCGACACCGCUCGCUCCUCCGUGUCCGACCAGGGCAAGGUCAUCCAGAGCAAGGGUCGCUGGUCCAUCUUCGACGGCCGGAUGUCUCUGACGGAGUCAACAGCUGGUAGGGUGUCCAUGAUCGACCAUUUCCGACAGCAGUCACCGCUGUUGGAGCAGUCUGAAUCGGACAUGGCUAGCGAAUGUUCUUCCUCCAUCAUGUCAUCUUCAGUUAACCUUGCAGGCACUAACACUGUUCCUCACACUGCACAGGGUUUAGCAGCCGCUUCUGCUGGAGGAGGUGGUCCAGCAUCAAAUGGAGAAACUCUGGGUGUACCCUGCCAUAUCACAGACUUUGAACAAAUCACACCACUGCUGUCAUUUCUGAUGGGUUGCUACGGAAUUCACACUAACCUGGAUAAAAUCAAUGGUCCAUCAGACGAGAUGGAAUUAUUGUCUCAUGUCAACAGACGAUUUAAGACGGUGUUCUCCAAGCAAGAGGAACAGAAGACAUGGCCUACAUAUGACAAGCUAGAGAUGGGUAACGAAUCCUGGGGAGCUGAUACAUCAAACCAUGCCCUGAUCAAGGAAUCCAAUUGGCUGCCGUACAUCAAAAUCAAAGCUAAGAAAGAUCCAUUGCAAGAGAAGACAAUGACGAGUCUGUAUCACGCUAACAAUGUAGAUGAGCUUCUUAGAGCCCAAAGUAGGUUCUUCUCAGUCAGUGACAUAAAUAAGGUUCAGGAUGCGAUGAAGGAGCAUGCCAUCGCUGUGCGUGACCCGCCCCCAGUUCAGUCAGUGUCGGUAACUUCACACAGGACAACACUGGACACCAAGAAUAUCUGGCGUCAGAUAUACUCCAGUCCAGAUCUGUUCAACACUUCAAGCGCAGAAGACGACAUUGCUGUCACUGACUUUGAGGAGAAAGAUACCGACAAUGUAACCCUGGGUACUAGCUCGAGGGCGAGCAGCGCCCUUGCUUCCUCAAGACGUCGUAAGAAAGAUGAAGAAGAGGAGUAUACGUACACCAACGCGAUGCAGAUGCUGGGUCUUGAAGAUGAUGACAGCAGUCAACAAGACCCUACGAUGAUCCAAGGAGGUUAUCUUUCUUACCUUCAUCUGAGACAUCUAAGAAUCAGAGACUUGCAGAGAACAUGUCUGAGUGUCUUGAACUACUUCCGAUCUGUGGAACGAUCUCUGACAAUCAAUGACGGUGGACUGUCUCUAGAAGGAAAACAGCAGAAGCGUGUCAGCAGUAAGCAGAAUCAUAAGCAGGGACUCAACGAUGGUGGGCUCGGAGGAGGAGGCGGUCUUGGUAGCCAUGGUUACCUUCACUAUACACCAGCUGAAUUCAAAAUCAGUGAGUCUGAUUUUAUGGAGUUCUCUGAAGUUGAGAAUCAUGAUGAUUUCUACUCUGUUGAUGAAGGGAGAGUACACGUUCAGGAUCAGCGUGGGUACUACGUCAUCUACCAAGCAGCAUUAGAUGAUUUCAAGAAAUUGGAAAAGGACCUGUUAUUGGUGGCCACCACUUACAUUGAGAAAGACAGAGAAAAUAGAAGCCGUAAAACAGGAUUAGGGAAAAGCAGCUCACAAGGGCGUAAGAGACAGAGCCAGGCAGCAGGAGAUGUUGACUUACCUAGCUAUGGUCAUCAGCAGGUGGAUCGAUUUGCCGUCCUUUUAGACUUAUGGGCCAAUGAGACGGCAUUCCUAGAGAGUAAACGACAGUUGUUUGACGUCUACUUAGAGGCCUAUCAACACGUUUUUGACAUGCAUGAGAAACGCUCCCUGGCUCAGGUCAUUACUAACGUAGCUUAUCAACGACCCCGGUUUGACCUGAAGGCAGACUACUUUGUGCGUACGUAUCGGGCGGAGUGCCGCUGCUUACGUCUUCACUGCAGCUUGGUCAAGUCGGUGCUAGACCAACAGAUCAGUGAUCAGAGAGAGUAUAUUCAGAAGGUCUGUCGAGAUGGCAGUGACCAUCAAGUUGGGAUGCCGUUUAAGAUCAUCCCUAAACAGCCAGUCUCCAUCAACCUCAGCAGGUCAGCUUUGCAGUAUGUCUAUUUGUUGGAGUUUCAUCCCAGUCUAGCCCUGGCUAGUAGAAUACCACAGGCUCUAACACAUGUAUUCAAUGAAUUAGUGCAGGUCCAUCAGCCCCGCAAUGUUACAGAGACUAUUUUGAUAGAGAAGAAGAUCUUGGAGAUUGCUCAGAGGGAGUGGGAUCAUCUUCAGCCGAUUGGUAGCACCUUCUCCAAUCAGAUACAGAGAGAUUUGUUUGCAGAUGUUUUUGCGGAGGAUCCUUCCUUCAUAUGUGACAUCGGCCAAUCACAGAUGACCUCUCUGGAUGCUGCAGCUGGACGGAGGACCCCUAAGGAACGAAAAGCCGACUUACUCAAGAUAUGGUCAAGACUUCUUGAGACCGUAACUCUAAGACAUCGGCUCGUUGAAACCGCUGGUGAAACAGAACUUCUCUCAAAGCUGUACAGAGAUCAAGCGGGUGAGAUGGGAUUUGAUGCGUGUCAUCUAUUCCUGAGAUGCGUUCAAUUUGAGUUUGCAUCUCACAAGGAGAACGCUGACCAACCACCUCCUCUAUUUAUCACUGCGCUCCAUGAGGAUGAUACCAACGUGGACCGAUAUGUGCCGUCCAGUUUAUUUCUGUCUAUUCAUGAAUUGGAUGAGAAGCAUGUUGGACAGUUCAGCUUCAGGAGUAAAGAUGGGUUUCUUAAGAUGAUGAAAGGAACUGCUCUAGAUAACCUACAAGUGAUUCUAAUGGCCCAGGUCAUCCAUAAGAAUGCCUUGCUUGCUGCUGUACAACAGAGUAGUGUCUGCUCCUUCUUUAAGGAAGAUGGGCAAGACGACGGCCCGAAAGCAAGCGGGAGGAAGUCCCCAACGACGGACUCUCGCAGCGAGAGGAGUUCGGUACUUACUACCCAGAGUGCUAACCCAAUGGCAACCACUGCCUCCGUUAUCUUUGCUGCUAAGCUCAAGUCAUCCAUGGAGAGCCACAAGAGAUCACCAGAAUCGUUUGUUUCUCUGCAGCUAGAAAAGACGCCAUCACGGGAUGUGAUGCUGAAUGCUUACUUGACUAAGAAAGCUGGUCUAGGUACAAUCAUGAAGAAUCCAGAAGAGGUCGAGAAACUCAAACGGAAUCUUAUCGCUGAUUUUUGUCGUCGUUUUAUGCGUCGGAUGACCCAGUACUCUUUGCGAGGUCAGAUCAUCGCUUACUUGAACAAUAUGAUGACACUUCUAGAGAACUUCCCUACUAUACGCAAUGGUAACUUUGUCAUUGGUUUAGCCAACGAGAAGAAAACACCAAUGGAUGACAAGAAAGGAUUAGAAACAAAUCCAAGAGACCUUAAGAAACGUCCAAGACGUCUUCUAUCGCCGGACGGUACUACGUUCCUCAACCUGUGGUUCCUGCCCCAUCACACCGAGGUACUCCACAUGUUCAAGACCCUGGACGAAGACACCUGUGUAAGGGCGCUAACCCAGUGCUUGCGAAUCAUCGGCUCACUUCAUGAUAUGCUGCAGUAUCUCUGUGCACACUCCAAGCUGGGCUGCUCGCAUGCAAGACUCGGGACUCGCAAAAUGGAAUAUGUGACGGCAGACUGGGGAGGCACUGAAGGGAUCGCUGCUGAGCUUAGAGAGAUCCAGAAGCAGAUUAACCACUUGGAUAAUCCCACCAAUCCUCAACAGGUUGCUGACUUCCUGUGUCUAAGACGAGACGUCUUAUUCCUAGAGUACGAUUCGACGAUGAGACACUCAUUGAGAGAGACGUUCCUCUCCAUGGGGAACCUAGCUGCCUAUCACAGCAGCUCAGAUAGUAUUAUAUUCUCCCUUACUGGGUUGAGUAACGUCCAGACCCCGAGCCUCUUCAAUGCUUACCUGCCGGUACCGGAACCACUACAGCCCAGAGACUGGAAGGCUAGUGAGAUCUUCCCAUGGAGGGCACAUCUUGGGAGACGAGGGCCGUUUCCACAUCGAUUCUUGCGCUGGCAGCAGAUUGAAGACAACAUGCAGCUCAGCAUGUCUGCACUGAGAGAUGUAGACAGACAUGUUGCUCAUGGUGAGAUCUUGGGAGUCUCUCUACUCAUGGAAGACGUCUUACAGAGCGGUCAGCAAGAUAUCAGUAUGGUACCAGACGAUAGCGAUGACGAAGGAGAGAAUCCUAAAGUGGCUGGUCAAGGCAAGAGCCCCAUGAGGUCCAGACCUCGCAGUGCUGCUAGCAUCAAGUCAGUCUCGUCACGACCAGGCAGUGGUGUCGGAGGGAAGGAAUCGGGGAAAGAUGCCAUUGUGAAGAAGUCGCUGUCAAGGACGACAGAGUCAGUCAAAGCGUACUCAUUGCUGAAAGAUUUCCUGUUGCUAUGGAAACGACUUGAAGUCUUCAAAGCAGAAUGGGGUCAACGCAAGCUUGGUGUGGAAGAAAUAGCCACACCCACUCUCUACAAGAAGUUUUGCAAACUGUACAAGACGGAUAUCCUGUACCCAGUCAUCAAGAUUAUUGCCAAGAGAUAUGGAGAGGUUGAUCGCUAUGAAGGUAUGGUAUCGGACUCGGAGCCCAUCGUAGCCCCCAAGGGUGCCUCCGAGAUGGAGAUCAGAGCCAAGCAGUUGGUCAAACUCCUAGACAGCCUAGAGAAUUACAUGAUCUAUGAGCUGAGACGCAAAGUAGCUCGGGAACAUUCCUUGGUAUUAGCGGAGAGAUCCAGGGAAGAAGGGAAUCUUCCUACGGACCUAUGGAAGAAACCGGUGAUCAAUGAGCGAUUCACAAUCGCCAAGCCUCAGAUCGCUGAGGAUUUUGCCUGGUACCUGAUGGAAGUUGGUGACCAUCAGGAUCAGGAUAAGACGCUGACGCUUACUUAUGAGCAGCUGAACGUAGCGUUGUCCACGCUGGCCACUACAAUCAUGACAAGGGAGAGGAGUAACUAUGAAAAUUACUCUAUGUUUUAUGAGAAUCUUCUGAGACAACACCAUCAGUUACUGUAUCAGAGAGAACAGGAGAUUCAGCAUCUGAAGAAGGCUUGUAAAGAUGCGACUGCUUCAGCGUUAGUAGACGUCCAAUGCCAACUAGCUGAUAGAAGCCAUGAGCUGAUCCUAGAAAUAACUGCUCUGCGAGCCAAAAUUGCAGAAAUGAGAGAGAUGUCACUGACUCAAGAGAGAGACAUCAGGGAGAGGUUGAAGGAGGGCUACGACUCCCUCGUCCAAAAACUCUUUGAGGGCGCGUUUGCAAUGAAGCAUAACUUUGAUGAGUUUGGGGUGCGUCUUUAUGACGAAGCAUUUGGCAUUGUUGGUGAAGUCAGACAAGAAGCUAUGGAAGCCAUGAAAAAAUUCACCCCAAGAACGGCCGAAAAAGACGAGUCUGGUGUUACACUGAACCAGCGACGUGCUCUCGAGCUUCAAGAUUUACGUCACACAAAUAACAACAUGAACAGACUCUUACUGAAGAUGAAGUCACUUACAAACUGGAGACUAACCAAUAUCAAAGAAACCUACCAAGGAACUAUGGAUGGCCUUCGUCAUGAAGUCGAUCGAUGCAAGAGGGAGUACCUGACAAUUAAGAUGAUGGCAGAAGAGGAAGUCAUCCUACUGAGACAGCAACUUGUAUCUCUACGUAAAGCGUUGGCUACGUCUGAUAAGGAGCGUGAAACAGUACAGAAACAGCUUGAUAAAGAGAUGCGUAUCAAGCAGGAGAGACAACACAAGAUGGAGCAAGAAGCACGUAGUGCUAGACAGCUAGAGGCAGCAAGGGUAUCAAAUCUAGAGAGAAUGAUGGAUGAGAUAGAUGACAAGGAGCUUCGUCUACGCAUCCUAAGCGAAGAAUACGACCGUACGAUGCGCCUCUACCAGACCACGCAGGAAAAAGCGCGCAAAGACUCCCACCAGGUAAAGAGUCGUCUAGAUCAUGAACGCUCUCUGAAGUUGGACGCCUUCCAGAGGGUUGAUGAGUUACAGACUCAGGUGUAUGACUACGAGGUCGCUGUGUCUAGUUUGUCUCGACCUUACACUGCCACGAGUCUCUUUACACCACGUCAACUGCCUCCAAUGAGAUCAAAGUCCAGAUCGACUACCAGUGAGAAACGUCCAAUGAGUCACCGAGUCACAAGUGCUAGUACAGGAAUCUGGCCUCCUCAUACGGGUAUGCCGCCCAACUUCCAGCAGCGCUCUGUCACACCCGAUCCCUGGCCACCGAUGCCAAACUCGGACAGGUUGGAUCGUAUCACGCAAAGACCAAAGACAGUUGGUACGCGACUACGCAACCGUAUCGCUGAGCAGCUUCUAACAGAUCUGCAACCUAACCAUCAUGAGACCAUAAUGCAAUUACAGGGUGAUGAACAACACAAGUACAAACUCUGAGAAUAUCAGCAGUCGCAGAAAAAAUCUUGACCACAUUCUCCAGCUGACUGUGUGUUGAUGUGGUCAAACUGAACUACCCUACAAGAAUUGCUCCCAAUUUUUGUAUAUUCUCUUAUUAAGUUCACAAUUCUGUUGGGCAUAAAGAUUGUCCCCAAUAGACGCCAUCUUUCCUGGCAAAUAGCAUUUUGGCUUGCAGAGGCUUCAAGCGCUCAACAACUUCACGCAGUCGCAUUCACUAACCAUCAGGCAAUUAGUUUUGUGAAAUGUUGGCGUGCUGCAUGGUGUUUUCUUGCAAAACGCAUAACUGUGUGUACUAAAUUACCAGUAAAGAUUCAUGUCAUGUUGCAAUCUUUUGCUGUGUUAAACUUAAGUCAGAAGCUGCAAAAUUGUAUAGUGGCUUUCAAAACAAGGGUCGUAUUGUAUUAGUGUAAACAAUUGUUUGUAAAAAAAAAAAGACCCAAAAAAUUAACAAAACCAUGGAAUCAUGUUUGAGAUAUUUAAAAGUUUAAAAAAUCUGAACAAAUUUUCAACAAAUUGCACCGAAUAUGUCUAAUGUGUGUUAUACCUUGAGCUUUCAUAUCUUUACCCAGUGUAUACAUUUUUGAUAAAAAUAUGAUUUAAACUUUUACUUGCAUGUAACUUUGUACAUUUAAUGCACUUUCCAGUAUUGUUUUCUUUUUGUUAGACAUAGUUUACACAACACACAUGCAUCAAUUUGAAAAGAAGAAAUUUGUAAUGAACAAAGCAUUGAUCCAUAUGUUCCCAUUGUGGCAGACAAUUAUGAAACAGUAAUUGUCAAAGACCAGUCUUCUCACUUGGUGUAUCUCAACAUAUACAUCAAAUAACAAACCUCUUAA